AUGACAACCAAGCCACCACCGCGGUGCUCCCUUCAGGAGACUAUUCGUCUCGGUCAAUUCUACUCGCUGGACGAAUCCGAAGUACUCUCGCAGAUCGCUGAAGCUUUCGAGCCCGAACUGGAACGUCUCAAAUCGGCCAGAGCCAUUGAAGGCACCGUUCAACAGCGGCUGGCAAAUGGUACGAUUGACCGGCCGAGUCCGUCACAGAUCCUUUACGGGACCAACUAUGAUGAAAUCAAUCGGACCCUUGUGGGUAUCCUGGCGUUGCGCUGGAUUCAUAAUGACGAAUAUGAGAGAUUCGUUUCGGGCCAGCCGUCCGAGUAUAUGUUAAUCGAGGAUUCUUUCGAAGAACUCCGACAGUUGUUUGCUGAGGUUCUCCAAUGCUCCGAUGACGUGUUUGUGCUGGUACUAUCCAUGGUGAUCAACGAUCUGGGGAAAGACCCCAACCUCGAGGAAGACUAUUUCCGCACCACUGGCCAGCGGCUCACAGAAAAGAACCAUGACAGUCUGCUCCUCGAGGCCGCCAAAGUGGGCAUGAUCCCUGCAUUGGACUAUCUCAACCCGGACAAGAGGGAGGAGGUGAUGUUGGGGCUGCAGCUUGGAUCUGAACUGAACGCGGGUCAACUCGCUCAGGCCGAGAGUGUCCCUGUCAACUUGGAAGGUCUUCUGGAGAUGAGAGGCCAUGAACAUGCGUUCAACUUGAAAUUCAUGGAGCAGAUCCUCGACGUUGCUGGUGCAGCUGGACAUAUUGACUCGAGUGGGGCCAGAAACUUCAUCCAACCUGUAUACGAGACCUUCAAAACUGUCCAUGAGGUUUCACUUGAUAUUAUAGCCGGCAGAUGUACCCUGCGACAAGGCUAUGACAAGGUGCUGACGAAGCGCGGAAAGAUCCUCAUUGACAAAGGGUUCCGCCGGUUGAGCGUCAGUGACAGGGAAGAGCGGGCUCUGUUGAGGUUGCUCACCAUGGGUCGCACAGCAGACCUUGAACAAGCCGAGCUUUUCUCCAAGGCAUUCCAUGAUCUGGAUAAACGAAACAAGGAACAACUCGUUGCUGGUCUGAAUGUCGACGGCAACGUCAACGAAACUGCCGUUCUCCCGUAUUACAUGCCUGCCAUCAUCUCCACGGCGUUGAAGAAUACUGAAGAUUCUGAUGAAACGAGCAAGCAACGCGCCCUGAUGAGUUUGAUGAGAUACCUUGCCAAAGUCCUGGGCAGCCCGGGUGCAGGAUUACCUGGCGUGCCAGAAGAUGCCGUAUACAAUGGAGAGGUGGCUGGCAUAGUCGUUGAGCGCAACAUGUCGAAGGCCCAGGAUGUUAUCAACAGUCCCGAGUUCAAGAAUAAUCCAGACAUACUGGACAGGCUCGCCAUCCCUGAGGGGCAAGUACUCCAGCGGCGUAGGACCAGUCAGUCUUGGUGA